AUGUUCUAUUUUUCAAGAUAAGAAGGAUCUAGAACUUCAGAAUUAACUUUUGGUGGAUGGAAUUAAGAUCAUUUUUAAGGAGAAUUGCAUUUUCAUAAUGUCGCAAAUAAAUUUUCUUGGUUAUUGGAAGUAAAUAAUAUUUAAAUAAAUGGAAAAGAUAUUUUGGUUUAUCUAAAGGGGGUUGCAGCGUAAUAGCAGAUACUAGUAAAAUGGGUGA